UUUGUGCAAUCUUUUUUCUGGCUUUAUCGCUUUUAAGGAUUAGGAUCCUUUCCACUUCUCUUUUCACCUUCUUUCAUCAUCUUUUCUCAUAUUUUUUAUUUUAUCUUUAUCUUUUUAUACAAAAUUAAUAUAAAAUAUUAAUGUGAUUUCACCGUAACUAUUAAAAUAGCUAAGGAUGCAAGGGGAUGAUAAAAAGGAGGGAGAGAAUCUGCUACAUAAGUAAAACCCAAUCCCCUGACGAGUGACGACGACGUCCUCUGUAGUCUGUCCUAAAACCCUAACUCCCAAAGAACCCUCCCCUACAAUGGCAACCAUACUCAAACUUCCAGCCGCCAAUUGUACGAUUCUUCCUCCUCAGCAACAGAAGCGGGCAUUCUUGGCUGGAGCUGCAACCACCAGAUUGGAUGCUGCUACCAUCAGCACUGCUCGGAGGCAAACACUUUCAUUAUCAUCGUCGUCAGCAGCAGCAGCAAAGGUGAUGUCAGAUUCAGUACCCGACCAAAGCGUUGAGCUUGAGCAGUCGCUCUCCAAGAACAAGAUUGACGUUCCUGUCAUGGUAAAUGGAUGUAGUGGUAAGAUGGGGAAGGCUAUCAUCCAAGCAGCAAAUUCUGCAGGACUCACUGUGGUUCCAGUUUCUUUUGGCUCCGCUGAGGAAUCUGGCCGAACCGUCCAAGUCGGUACGAACGAGAUUCUAGUGCAUGGUCCUCAUGAAAGAGAAAGCACCCUUGCAUCCCUUUUCCAGAAAUAUCCCAAUUUGAUUGUCGUCGACUUCACUGUCCCUUCUGCAGUCAAUAAUAACGCAGAGCUAUAUUGCAAAGUUGGAGUGCCCUUUGUGAUGGGAACAACAGGCGGGGACAGGGAUCAGUUGUAUAAGACUGUCGAAGACUCAAAAGUCUAUGUAGUGAUUUCCCCACAAAUGGGGAAACAGGUUGUGGCAUUUCUUGCAGCCAUGGAUAUCAUGGCCGAGCAAUUUCCUGGAGCCUUCUCUGGGUAUUUGCUACAGGUGAUGGAAUCCCAUCAAGCAAGUAAAGUUGACACAUCUGGAACUGCCAAGGCUGUUAUAUCUUGCUUCCAGAAGUUGGGGGUGUCCUUUGAUAUGGAACAGAUCCAAUUGAUCCGAGAUCGCCAGCAACAACUAGAGUUGGUGGGAGUUCCAGAGGAGCAUUUGUCUGGUCAUGCAUUUCAUAUGUAUCAUCUGACUUCACCUGAUCAAACAGUUUCUUUUGAGUUUCAGCAUAAUGUUUGUGGUAGAUCAAUAUAUGGAGAGGGUACAAUUGAUGCUGUUAUUUUCCUUGCCAAGAAGAUUUAUUCGAAGGCAGACAAGCGGAUCUACAAUAUGGUGGAUGUCCUGCGAGAGGGUAACAUGCGAUCAUAGUUGGCUUUGUAUGAAGGUUCUCUAUUUUCAGAUCAGAUGAGCUGGCCUAAAGUAGGCAGUACAGAAGCGUGCUUAUAGCAGGUUUAAGUUGCUUGGAUGUUGGUAUCGGAAUGCAAGAUUUGAACUUGUGACUUUUUCCAACAACGAAAAGAGAAAUACCAUUAAAUCAAGCUCAUUUCCAGGGAGGAAGCAAGGAAAUGGUUUGGAGAAGUUGUCCCAGCAUUGGCAAAUUUGCUCUUGCGGUUGCCCUCCCUGUUAGAAGACCACUAUCAAAAUGUGGAUGGCCUUAUUAUGGACACAAAACUGGCCUUCGUCUACUGGAUUCAUAACAACCAGGAAUCGUGGUCCUCAGCCAGGAACUAACUAGUGCUCUUCUUGGGUGCUCUUUAUUUUGUUUGUUCCCCACCAAUAAACGAGGUGCCAAACAUCUCCCAACCACCAACUUCGACCAUUUGUUUACGACUUUAUAUGACGGUUAUAAUGAACAACAGGAGAAUAAGAUAAGGUGCAUUAUACACUACUUUGAAAGGAUAAAUUUCCAUAUGCCUAAGGGUUUUGUCUCAUUUGAGCGGAAAGUUCUUCCUCUGAAACCUGAUCCUUUAAGCAUUUCUUACCCCAAGGCUAGUUUCUGGAGCAAUUCAGUCAUUCCUCUCUGCCGCUUUGAGGUUCACAGCUCAGGCUUAAUAGAAGAUCAAUCAAGUUGAGCUCUUGAAGUCGACUUUGCAAAUAAGUAUAUAGGAGGUAGUGAUCUUCGCACGGGCUGUGUACAGGUCUGAUUUGUGACUCUUUAUAUGUUUCACGAAGAGAUCCGUUUCUUGAUCAAUCCUGAAUUAAUUGCUAGCAUGCUGUUCAUGCCUUCCAUGGAAGAUAAUGAGGCUAUAGAAAUUAUUGGUGCAGAAAGGUUUUCAAGUUAUACAGGGGAAACUAAUAAGGCAUUCUGUGGAUUUUUUCAACAAUCGAAGUAUCGGCAGUACAAGAGAUUGUUUUGAGAGGAUGGAUGUUUUGGAGUUUAGCUUCAUCCAGACGUUACAGACUCCAAUGACAUGUGUUGUGAUAAUCUUUUGUUAUGAAUUUUCUAUCAAUUUUAUCUUAGUUUGUGUGUGUGUGUGUGGUUUUAGGUGAUGUUCUACAUUUGGAAAUGAUAUGUGCAUUACUAACUUUAGCCUAGCUCUUAAUGUGAAGUUUAUAUUUGGUUUAGCAUCAUCUGAACUUGCUUUUCUUGUACAAGAAAAUAUGCUUAUUUGACUUUUGACUUUUACUUUUCUAUUGUUGCAGGAAACUAGCAUAAGGUCUGAUGAAAUGUUUGGAGAACAAUCUGUACACCAACGGAUCAAAGAUUCAGAGGAGAUGUCAUCUCUGGAUAAUGAGGAUGAUGAAGUUGGGAUUGCAACUGGGAAUUAGGGAUGUUGUGCUUUUGGUGGAGAUCAUGAAGUGAAGUCCAUAGUUCAGUGGUUAGCUGCCUCCCAGGUAGUUUAAUGUUACUGAAGAAAGUGGAGGUUCCAUCGUAACACCAAUUGGCAGUGUGGGGAGUAGCCCAACUUACUUAUAAAUCCAUGCAAGGUCCCUUCUAUCAAUGUGAGACUCAUUCUCAACAGUUACGCCUUCAAAGCAACUAAAGGGAGAAUUUUGUAAAAAAGCCUGAAUGGAAUAUAUCAUGUGUGAAAUCUUUAGCUUACUCAGACAAUUCCCCAAGUUGUUUCAGGCGAAAAGACCAUUCAUUUUGUACUACACGUUUGGCAUAAAGGCAUUGCGAAACAUAGACCAGGUAAGUCAAUGGAUAGGGUCACAUGAAUGGACAGUAGAUCUGUGGAAUUUGGUGGUGGAGUACUCAAUGCUGCAGAGAUUGAAGGGAGAGAUGGAUGCUGGAUUCUUUGCUUGGCUCCUUCCAUCUCCACUUGCCUCUCAUCAUGAUUCCGAGAUGUUGGAUUUGCCUAUUUCGCCUUAAAUAAAACUUGCUGCCUGCAUUGUAUUGUCCCAUAUGGAUCGUGAUAUUUUUGUAAAAGAAUUUCAUUUUUUGCUUUGCUUUUGUUUGGGCAGUUAUAGGAUAGGCUGUAAAGUUUGUAUUUUUCAUGAAGAAUGAAUGCAUCAUUCUGAGGG